CCCUAAGGAUAAUUUUCCACCAUACUUUAGCGUAGACAUGUAGAAAGGCAAGUUAUCUCUCCAGACCAAUAUUCUCAACAUACCUGUGUCAAUAUUGUACAUUUUCAUUAUUGGUCAUUAAAAAAUAUAUAUAUUUUUCUUCAUAAAUUACUUAUUGCCUUUUCUUGUUGGCCAUUGUUAAAUAUAUUUUGAAUGAAUUAUCCACAUUGGAAUUUUUUUAAAUGCGGACAUUACCAUACGAAUGUAGUUCAUCGUUUGUGCUGUUAGCAGCAUACUAGUGGUUAUAGAAGGGUUUUGUAACACAUUGGGAGUGUCCUCCUAAACAAGAACUGCAUGAUAAGAGAACCCGAUCCUUGAGAGAAACACUUUAUCUUCGUUUUUCAGAAUGUUUUAGAAAGGUGGUGUCAGGCCACCAUUUCAUUUAUUCAUUUCACCUUUCCCGAACCGUAGCCUACCAAGCUCCGUUUAACAACAUCCUCGAACUAUCGCACUCAUCUAUCUAACAGACAUGUCGUGGCUGCCUAUGCUUGGUUUGACUGCCCUACCUCAUCUAGGGGGGCUCUAUGGAGGCUACGUGACACGCAAGCAGGUGAAAACCUGGUACACCACUCUCAACAAGCCGUCAUGGCGUCCAAAUAAUGCUGCGUUCCCAAUAGUGUGGACCACCCUCUACACAGGCAUGGGGUAUGGCUCCUACCUGGUGUGGAAGGAGUGUGGGGGUUUCACUGAGGAUGCUGUGGUACCUUUGGGAUUCUAUGGGUUGCAGCUGGCUCUCAACUGGGCCUGGACUCCGAUCUUCUUUGGAGCACACAAGUUGAAAAUGGCACUCAUAGAGAUAGUGAUGUUGACUGGUGCUGUUGGAGCCACCAUGGUAUCCUGGUAUCCCGUCAAUCGCACGGCCAGCCUGCUCCUGACACCCUACCUUGCAUGGCUGUGCCUGGCCACCUCCCUUAACUACUGCAUAUGGAGAGAUAACCCGGAUGAGGAUGAAAAGGAGGAGUAGGCAACACGGUAUUUUCUGUACUUGGUUCCAGCUCCAUUGGCCAAACAAUUUGUAUAAUGAUGAUGUGCUACUGCAUUUUUGCUUUUUUACAUAAAAUAAAGGUUUCUCUCAUAACCUAAUCGCCAAUGAAGAAAUUGGGGCUUGGCUUUUGCAAGAUUUAAGAAAUGUUUUUCAAUGCCCUUUAAUUUAUUCCAAUAUUUCUGUUGAAGAAACUUACCAUGGCUUUGUAUUAUACUGAUAUUUCCUUGUCUUAUUACAAGGAAAGUACAUGCCAGCAAAGCCUUAAGUAUAUCAGAUUUGAUUUACAUUUGCCUAUUAUGUUGUUCACAUUAAAAAAUGUCAUACUUUA